CCGGGCGACGCGGCCCGCAUCGCGAAUCCGCGAGCUGCGCUGGCUAACGGCCGGUGCGGCCGCCCGGUCGUCGUCAGUUCCCGCAGCGGGCUUUUCUGUCGCCGUUCCCUGCUCUGACGGUUACUUAGGCCUACUGGUUCCCCAAGGCCAGAGCACACUCCUUCGGAAAAGAAUGCUUGCCACAGGAAGAGGCUUCUUGGUGAAUUUUUGGAUGAAGCCAUUAAAUUAAUUGCUUGCCAUCAUGAGCAGAAGCAAGCGUGACAGCAAUUUUUAUAGUGUAGAGAUUGGAGAUUCUACAUUCACAGUCCUGAAACGGUAUCAGAAUUUAAAGCCUAUAGGCUCAGGAGCUCAAGGAAUAGUAUGUGCAGCUUAUGAUGCCAUUCUUGAAAGAAACGUUGCAAUCAAGAAGCUAAGCCGGCCAUUUCAGAAUCAAACUCAUGCUAAGCGGGCUUAUAGAGAGCUAGUUCUAAUGAAAUGUGUUAAUCACAAAAAUAUAAUUGGCCUUUUGAAUGUUUUCACACCACAGAAAUCCCUAGAAGAAUUUCAAGAUGUUUACAUAGUCAUGGAGCUCAUGGAUGCAAAUCUUUGCCAAGUGAUUCAGAUGGAACUAGAUCAUGAAAGAAUGUCAUACCUUCUCUAUCAGAUGCUGUGUGGAAUCAAGCACCUUCACUCUGCUGGAAUUAUUCAUCGGGACUUAAAGCCCAGUAAUAUAGUAGUAAAAUCAGACUGCACUUUGAAGAUUCUUGACUUUGGACUGGCAAGGACUGCAGGAACUAGUUUUAUGAUGACACCUUAUGUAGUGACUCGCUACUACAGAGCACCUGAGGUCAUCCUAGGAAUGGGCUACAAAGAAAACGUUGACAUUUGGUCAGUUGGGUGCAUCAUGGGAGAAAUGAUCAAAGGUGGUGUUUUGUUCCCAGGUACAGAUCAUAUUGAUCAGUGGAAUAAAGUUAUUGAACAGCUUGGAACACCUUGUCCUGAAUUCAUGAAGAAACUACAACCAACAGUAAGGACUUACGUUGAAAACAGACCUAAAUAUGCUGGAUAUAGCUUUGAGAAACUCUUCCCUGAUGUACUUUUCCCGGCUGACUCAGAGCACAACAAACUUAAAGCCAGUCAGGCAAGGGAUCUAUUAUCCAAAAUGCUGGUAAUUGAUGCAUCUAAAAGGAUCUCCGUAGAUGAAGCUCUCCAGCACCCAUAUAUCAAUGUCUGGUAUGACCCUUCUGAAGCAGAAGCUCCACCACCAAAGAUCCCUGACAAGCAGUUAGAUGAAAGAGAGCACACGAUAGAAGAGUGGAAAGAACUGAUAUACAAAGAAGUUAUGGACUUGGAGGAGAGAACCAAGAAUGGAGUUAUACGGGGGCAACCCUCUCCCUUAGGUGCAGCAGUGACCAGCGGCUCUCAGCGCCCAUCAUCAGCAUCAUCUGCCAAUGAUGUGUCUUCAAUGUCAACAGACCCGACUUUGGCCUCAGAUACAGACAGCAGUCUCGAAGCAUCAGCUGGACCUCUGGGCUGCUGCAGAUGACUACUUGGGCCUUGGGGCGGGUGGCGGGAGGGAUGGGGAGUUGUUUAGUCAUUGAUAGAACUACUUUCAAAACAAUUCAGUGGUCUUAUUUUUGAGUGAUUUUUCAAAAAUGUAGAAUUCAUUUUGUAGUUUAUUUUUUUUUAUUUCAAGUGAUGUAAUUUAAAACUUAAGUUGUUUUAAAACAGCAACAAAACUGAAUUGUAUUUUUGCUGUAAUUAACUAUAAUGUAAACCUAAUUAUUUUAUCAUGUUUUAAAAUUUUUGAAUAUUUGCUUUAUCUUAUGCUGCUGAUUUAUUUUUUUUACUAAAAUUUGUAAGAUUUUGUUUAUCAAAGCAUCUAUUAUGUGGUGACUUGCCUAUAUCAUGAAUUAUUUAAGAUUUUUAUAGUUUUUUUUUAUUAGAAUUUAUUUCAGAUGUUUUUGUUCAUGAUACUAUCCUUCAGGGUCAUGUACUUAUCAAUGAAAUAACCCCAGAGGAAUGAGGGAAAAUAACCUGUAACCAGUUAUAUUCAGGAAUAACUACUGUAAGUGAUGAACGUGUUAAAAAACCUCCGAUAUUUGCUACUUGGCCAUCCUAAUUUAGUUACAACAGUUCGUAGGUAACCCCAAAUGAAUUUUGGCAAAAGGCCACCACCUAAAUGGCUGAGUAACUCAGAGCAUGUCUUCAAAGAUGCUGGGCGUCUACCACCAUCCUACUGUAUACCCCCAUUCCACUCAACCAAAAGUAAAGAGAACAUGGUGUUUUCUGAAAAUUUGUGGCUCAAAGCUUAUGAUCACCUAAAGUCAAGAGGAUACUUCAUGAAUAAUACAUUUCGAUGCAAAUAAACAAAUGGUUCGCUUGUACUAGCUAUGAGCCUGUUUUUGUAUAUACUAAGUUAAUGUACUCAGGCUGUAGGUCCCAGCAAUCAUCUGGAGUCUAGUCUUUCCCUUUACUGCAGCAUUGGGCGCUAGGACCUAUCCAGUUUCCUAUUCUAGUGUCAGUCAGUUGAGCACAGUUCUCAAGGUGUUUCUGGCCAUUUGAUUUUCCCUGUAGUAUCAUCAUACUUAUACUAGCUAUCAGGAGGUUCCAAAGCUUACUUAGGUUUCUGACGGUGAUGUAUUAAAUGAGCAAUAUACCGUUCAUCUGAAAAUAGUAGCACACAGCCAUAUAUAAGGUGUCAUUUUCUAAGGUGUGUUUCUUCACAUUGAGCAGAGCAGGCAGAAGUGGUCGUUACUCAGUCUGAGUCUUUUUGUUUUUUAGACCUGAUUUCCAAUAAAACAUGCAAUGUGGAUGUUGAGUAGUGUAAGAAUGGUGCUGCUCCUGACAAGUGUAUGUGUGUAUGUUACCUGUUUACAUUUUAUAUCUGCAGAAUUAUUUCUCUACAACUGGAUUGUUCUUAAGUAAAAUAUCAUUGAAGUCUCAUGAUCUCUGAAAUACAUUGUAAUACCUUAGGCACCUUUUAUUAUUUUGGGAACAAGAGGGAGUUCGUGUAAUGAACGGGAAAAGCAUACUUACAGAAGUGACAAGGUUCUAGGCAGAAAGUCCACUGAAAUUAAUGACCAACAGGAGCAAGUACUGGUACAGCUCAGCACACAGUGUCUGAAAGUUUGCUUGGCAUGUUGUUCAUAUACUUAGGGCAAAAUUCCUUUUGAGUAAGGUAUUUUAGGUCAUUGUUAAUGUGCAAUAUAUAGGAUUAAAGUACAUUAGCUUUUUAUAUGCUUUGAAAUAUCAAGUGUGUUUUUGAUGAUAUAAAGUCUUGAUUUUUAGCCUCUU